CUAAUAGCAACUAACACCUGUCGUUAAAUUACUAAAUUUGACUGAAUUAUGCAUUAUUGAUUCAAACAGUUCCUGACCUUCAUUAGAACUAGAUUACUUAAAGUGUAGAAAAAUGGUGACAACAUUUGGUGACUUAGACUUGCAAAGAGUUCUUGAGAAAUCAUUCCUAAAUUUAGAAAAGAUUGAUACCAAUAUAUUCAGAACAAAGUCCAAGUUAUGGCAUCCACCAACCAUGCAGGGUAUCUAUGGGGGUCAAUUAGUGGGACAGGCUUUGGCUGCAGCAAGCAAAACUGUUUCUCAUACACAUCAUGCUCAUAGUCUACAUUGUUAUUAUCUCAAUAGAGGUACCUGUACUAAUCCUGUAUUAUAUUAUAUAGAGAGAACUAGAGAUGGUAACACAUAUUGUAGUCGUAAUGUGGAUGCUAAACAAGAUGAUACAACAUUACUGACAAUGCAAACUAGUUUUAAACAAGGAGAAACAGAUGAAUAUUAUCAUCAAUUUUCUAUGCCAAUAACAGAUAAACAGCCCCAAGAUUUACUCAAUGUUAAACAAUUAUAUCAGAUAGCAGUCAAGAAUAAUUAUGGCAGUAUAAAAGAGAGAGAAAUUUUAAAAUCAUUGUGCCAUCAAGAUUUCCCUUUUGAAAUACGACCAGUUUGUUCAAGUUAUGAAUUGCCCUCAAUAGAGAGAAAGGAAGCUAAAAGAAAAUAUUGGAUUAAAGCUGAAGGAUAUUUAGGUGAAGACAGUAGAAUACAUCAGUGUGCUGCAGCAUUUUUAACUGAUUAUCUAUUUGUUGAUGUUGCUUCAAUAUAUAAUACCGAUAGACAUCUUCAAAUUGUCUCACUGGAUCAUUCUAUAUGGUUCCACAAUACAUUUCAAGCCAAUGACUGGUUGCUAUAUGAUAUUGAAAGUCCCCAAAGAGGAAAUGGUAUGGCUAUAGCAACUGGUAGAUUAUGGAGAAAAGAUGGGGUGUUAGCUAUGUCUGUAGCACAGGAAGGAAUGAUGAGACCUAACCCUAAAUUAUAAUAUGAAAAAUAUAUGUAAACAUACCAUAUUAUUAAAGGAAUAUAGUUU